GGAUAUUAUCCAACUGGACUACCGCCUCGAACUUCAAGUUUGCCCCAAAUGUCUCAAUCGACAGUCUACCUCGUCACCGGUGCCAACCGUGGUAUUGGCUUCGCCAUCGUCACCCUCCUCGCCUCGCGCCCCGACACCGUCAUCUUUGCCGGCGCGCGCAACCCCAGCGGCGCGACUGACCUGCAAGCGCUGGCCAAAGCGCACCCUGACCGCUUUCGCGUCAUCAAGGUCGUCUCCGCGGACAAGGAGAAUAACCUUGAGGCGGCGAAGGAGAUUCAGCGGGUGGCAGGGCGCCUGGACGUGGUCAUCGCGAACGCGGGCAUAAGCGAGUGUAUCGCGCCCGCGCUCGAGGUGCCACAGGAAGAGAUGGUCAAGCACUUCGAAGUCAACGUCAACGGCCCCCUCGUCCUCUUCCAGUCGACGUACUCGCUCCUGAAAGCGAGCAAGACGCCCAAGUUCGUCGCCAUCUCCACCGGCCUCGGCAGCAUCACGCUCGCCGGAGAGAUAGAUGUCCAGGUGUACCCGUACGGCGCGUCCAGGGCGGCGCUCAACUGGGUCGCGCGCAAGCUGCAUCACGAUUUCCCUGACUUGAUCGUCUUCCCCAUCAGCCCCGGCGUCGUGGACACGCCUGCGGCGCGGGCCGCGUGGAAGUUCGUUCCCGGGAUGGACGCCCUCGUGAAGGCCUUCCCUCCCAUCUCCACAGAGGAGAGCGCGAAGGGCGUCGUCGGGCAAAUCGAUGUCGCGACGAGGGAAACGCACGGUGGGCAGUUUGUUGACUAUUCUGGCCUUGGAAAGUGGCAGUGGUAAGGUGGCG